UUUUUUUGUCUAUGACCAAUAGUCGAAUGCGGAGCGUGGACUGAGCGUGUUUUGUGUUUUCAUUUUAAUUUGUUACGCGGAUUAUAAUUUUAUUUCACUGUGAUCUAUUGCUUUCUGACAUAAAACUCUUAUUAUCCCAGUAGUAAAACACUUUAAAAUCAAAACCGGUUAAUUUUACUGUAGUAAAACUGUCAUCUUACUAGUUUUAAACGUGGUUGAGCAAAAAAUAAUCGCUGAUCACGGCGGAUAUUUUAGUGCGUCCGACCAUGUGGCGAGUCGGACAUCGUUUUUGGUAAAAGGUUUAUUUCUCCUGUGAGUUCUGGAACCUAUAACCAUGGCGUCAGAGAAGAAGGACAUAGAAAUGAGUCCGAUGAAAGGGGACGCUUCGACGAGUAAGAUUGCGACGCCGGACAAUCUCGCGGUGCCGGCUAAGGACGACGAAGAAGACGUUAUUAUCGGGAGGUUCAGGAAGAUCAGCUCAGCCAAGUCUAUGGCCGCUACUAACGGCAAUAUCCAGUACCCUGUAGACAUCCCCGCGGCCAGAGAUGCCGACGUAGAGCAAGGAUUACAGUUUAAAAGCAACAAUUCUAACUCCAGUGAGAAGGAGAAAUUGAUAGCCGAAGUGACGAACGGCGCCGUGCCGGUCAAGACUGCGAAGGGACCAGUUACUAAGAGUAGUUUCCGGGAUGUAGAGAAGCCGUCCAGGUUCAGGGAUCAACCCUCAGCCACUAGGUUCCAGAGUAUGCCACCGUUUUAUUCGUCGCUGGAAAAGAUGGAGGAGGACGCACGGCUCGAGGCCGGCUCGGAGUCCGACAACUCCGGCAUGGACAGUGAUGAUCCCCUGACUACGGAUACCAAAUAUGGGAAGAGCUUCAGACACUUCACCCGAGAGGCCCUGCCCCGACUAGACAACUACCGCAACGUGUUGUCCCUCCACGCCGCCGCGCGCCCCUCGCUCGACGAGCUGCACAACGCCUCUCUGUCGCGCAAGCCAGGCCAGACCCUGGAGAAGGACCCGGGCGGCGCGCCUCCGUUCUCGUCCAGCAUGAAGUUCGGCUGGAUCAAGGGCGUGCUGAUGCGAUGUCUGCUCAACAUCUGGGGCGUCAUGCUGUUUCUGCGGCUGUCCUGGGUCGUCGGCCAGGCGGGAGUGGCGCAGUCCAUGCUGCUGAUCCUGACCACGUCGGUGGUGACCACCAUCACGGCGCUCUCCAUGUCCGCCAUCAGCACCAACGGGGUCAUUAAGGGAGGAGGCACCUACUACAUGAUAUCCCGAUCUCUAGGCCCGGAGUUUGGAGGUUCCAUAGGCCUUAUAUUCUCUAUGGCGAAUGCCGUGGCCUGCGCCAUGUAUGUGGUCGGCUUCGGGGAAUCUCUCAUCACGCUGAUACCACCAGAGUACUACAUGAUAUCCAAGAGCUGGGACCAAGCGAUCUACGGCUGCAUAACCCUAGUCCUGCUCACGGGCAUCGUCAUAGUGGGCAUGGAGUGGGAGGCGAAGGCGCAGAUAGUGUUGCUGGUGGUGCUGCUGGCGGCUAUAGCGGACUUCCUCGUCGGGGCUUUCAUUGGACCCAAGAGCGAGGAGGAGUACGCUAUGGGCUUUGUGGGGUAUAAUUUGACAGUCUUGAAGAGCAACCUGGGCCCCGACUACCGCUACUUCGAGGGCGUGGAGCACAACUUCUUCUCGGUGUUCUCGAUAUUCUUUCCCGCGGCCACCGGCAUCCUGGCCGGGGCUAAUAUAUCCGGGGAUCUGAAGGACCCCCAAAAGUCCAUCCCGAAAGGCACGCUGCUAGCGAUCCUGCUGACCACGAUCUCGUACAUCGUGAUUGCACUGGUGGCGGGCUGGACCGUACUGCGCGACGCGAGCGGCGACCCUCUGGACCUCACAUCCUGUGUCGCCAACGGAACCUGCCCGUACGGACUGCAGAAUAGCAAUGACGUGAUCCGCCUAGUGUCGGGGUUCGGUCCGCUGAUCUACGGCGGCUGCUUCGCGGCCACGCUCUCCUCCGCGCUCGCCUCGCUCGUGUCCGCGCCUAAAGUGUUCCAGGCGUUGUGCCAAGACAAACUCUACCCGUAUCUAGAAGUGUUCGCGAAGGGAUACGGCAAGAACAACGAGCCUGUUCGAGGAUAUGUGCUGACGUUCAUCAUAGCUACAGCUUUUAUACUUAUGGGUGGCCUCAACCAGAUCGCGCCGCUGAUCUCCAACUUCUUCCUGGCGGCGUACACGCUCAUCAACUUCUCCACGUUCCACGCGAGCCUGGCGCGCCCCGUCGGCUGGAGACCCACCUUCAGGUUGUACAACAUGUGGCUGUCCCUAGUGGGCUCGGUGCUGUGCCUGGCCAUCAUGUUCGUGAUCUCGUGGGCGACGGCGCUCGUCACCUUCGCGUUUCUACUGGGACUCUACCUGCUCGUGUCCUAUAGGAAACCCGACGUGAACUGGGGUUCGACGACGCAGGCGCAGACGUACAAGACGGCGCUGGCCGGCGUGCACACGCUCAACACCGUCACCGAACACGUCAAGAACUACAGGCCCCAGAUCCUGGUGCUGACAGGCUACCCGGGGGAGCGCCCGCUGCUGACUGACUUCACGUACCUGCUCACCAAGGGGCUGUCGCUGAUGGUGUGCGGGCACAUCGUGCAGCACCCAGUGAGCCACCGGGCGCGGGACGCCCUCACGUCGCGCUCGUACCAGUGGUUCGCCAAGCGCAAGAUCAAGGCCUUCUACAAUCUAGUUGACGACGUCGACUUCAAAGAUGGCGCUAGUGCGCUUAUACAGGCGAGCGGUCUCGGCAAGCUGAAGCCCAACAUCCUGAUGAUGGGGUUCAAGGAGGACUGGGCCGCCUGCCCGCGCUCCGAGAUGAUCGACUACGUUGAGGUUAUGCACAAAGCCCUGGACGUGCACAUGGCGCUAGCCAUCCUGCGCGUGGAGGGCGGGCUGCACUGCGGCGAGGCGGUGGACGCGGACCUGCAGGCCUUCCUGCAGGAGCACGCGCGCCCGCCCGCCCAGCGAUCGAUCGGCGAUACAUUCAAGGAAUCAAAAUCUACUGAAAGCCUUACCCAUUCGCAAGGCAGCAGUCUGUCGGACCUGUCGAUGGGGUCCCCGCAGUUGCGGCGCGGCGUGGUGGCCGACCCGGCCGCUGACCAGGACGAGGCUAAGGAGACACCCGCUAAGAAGGAGCAUAGCAAGAGAAGUUUCGGCAACACGGUGCGGCGCGCGCUGGGCCACGCGGCCGCGCGGCGCGCCUCGUCCUUCACUUCCGUGGAAGCUUUUACUAAGAGACAGAACGGGUCUGUCGACGUGUGGUGGCUUUAUGAUGAUGGCGGUCUGACGCUCCUCCUACCGUACAUCCUGUCGACGCGGCGCGCGUGGGCGUCGUGCCCGCUGCGGGUGUUCACGCUCACCAACAAGAACACAGAGAUGGAGAUCGAGGAGAGGAACAUGGCAUCACUCCUGUCCAAGUUCCGCAUCGACUACUCAGCGCUCAAGAUGAUCCCGGACAUCACGCGGCGGCCCAAGGACUCCACGCUGGCCUACUUCAACAAGCUGGUGCAGCCCUUCAUGACCACCGAAGAUAAUGCAGAUACCACGGGCAUAACCGAAGCGGACCUCCUGUCAGCUCAAGACCGCACGCACCGCCACCUCCGCCUGCGUGAGCUUAUCGCGCAGUGUUCGCGCAACGCCCGCCUCGUCUGCGUUACACUGCCCAUGCCGCGGCGCCGGGCCGUGGUCUCGCCCCCUCUUUAUCUGUGCUGGCUGCAUGCUAUAGCCUCCGCUGCCCCCAGAGUGUUACUGUUGAGAGGCAAUCAUACGCCUGUGCUGACGUUCUACUCCUAAGGUGUCAUAGUCUCCUGGUACUUUGAACGCGAUGCUAUGAGACUUGGAAGUUAUAUUGCGGAAGAUUUGUUCCAAUUUCUACAUACUUAUAAUCUCCUGGUACCUAACGAUCUGAAGAGGAUAAAGUUGACGGUUUUGACUGCACGG